ACAAGCAAUUAAAAAGCUCUUGAAACAACAAGAGAUGAUGAAGCUCUCAGUGUAUACAAGUCUUCUGCUCAUCUCUAUCUGCGAAAUGCUAUCAUGCAACGCCAACCAAAUCGACAGCCUCAACAAGCUGAUCAAGUCUCGCAAAUCUGGAAGUUCUCCUCAUGCUGAAUUGUCUUGGGAAAACGACGUCUUAGCAGAUGACUAUUCUGUUCCUGUUUAUGUUGGAUCCCAAGCUGGUUUGAUGGGAGCUGAUGAGAUUGAUGCUUUGCCAGGACAACCUGGAGAAAGCCUGGGUUUUAAGCAAUAUGCAGGCUAUGUUCCAGUGGAUCCGAAAGCUGGGAGAGAAUUGUUCUACUACUUUGUAGAGUCAACCCAUAAUUCUUCAACCAAACCUCUGCUGCUUUGGUUAAAUGGAGGACCAGGAUGCUCAUCAUUUGGAUAUGGAGCCAUGCAAGAACUGGGACCUUUUAGAGUCAACAGUGAUGGGAAGACACUGUAUCCAAAUGAGUUCGCAUGGAACAAUGUGGCAAAUAUACUGUUUUUGGAGUCCCCAGCAGGAGUGGGAUUUUCAUACUCAAACACAAAGUCGGACUACAAAAAUGUGGGAGACAAGAGAACGGCACUGGAUUCUUACACUUUUCUUUUGAACUGGCUAGAGAGAUUUCCCAAAUACAAAACCAGGGAUUUUUUCAUUGCCGGAGAAAGCUAUGCCGGUCACUAUGUACCUCAACUUGCUUACACAAUAGUGACAAAGAACAAUGUCACAAACCAAACAAAAAUCAAUCUCAAAGGCAUUGCGAUUGGAAAUGCUUGGAUCGAUGAUAAUCAUGGUGAUAUGGGCUUUUAUGAAUAUAUGUGGACACAUGCUUUGAACUCUGAUGAAACCUAUGCAGGUAUACACAAAUAUUGUGACUUUGUAUCUGAUAAUCUCUCGAACAACAGCAAGUGUACAAAAUAUCAAAUUCAAGCGAGUAAUGAACUUGGGUAUAUUGAUAUUUUCAACAUCUACGCUCCACUUUGCAAUCUGUCAUACUCAUCAGAUACCAUAUACAUUUCAGUUGGUUCUGCAGUUAAUGGAUUUGAUCCAUGCUCAGACCAUUAUGUCGAUGCCUACCUGAAUCUUAAGGAGGUCCAAGCUGCUCUUCAUGUAAAAUCCACAAGUUGGUCCGCUUGCAGAGGUGUUGGAUGGACAGACAGCCCACCGUCAAUCUUACCCACAUUAAAGCAUAUCUUAGAAAGUGGGAUUAAAGUAUGGAUAUAUAGUGGGGACAUUGAUGGGAGAGUACCAGUAACAUCAACUAGAUACUCAUUAUACAACCUGAGCUUACCCAUUGAGGCUGCAUGGAGGCCAUGGCAUUCAGAUGAAGAGGUUGGAGGAUAUGUUACUGGGUACAAAGGGGGGUUGACAUUUGCUACUGUAAGAGGAGCUGGUCAUAUGGUUCCUAGUUAUCAACCAAAGCGAGCACUCACCUUGAUCUCAUCUUUCCUUCAGGGAAAGCUUCCUCCUUCAUUUGAUGCUAAUAAGUACCGAAAGCAAUCUCAGUACCAGGGGAAGAAACUCAUGAAGCUAUCAAAAUUUAUAUGUUUGCUUCUCCUCUGUUGCUGCCAGCUGACCUUUAUUCUACCAUGCAACGCCAACCAAAUUGACAAUCUCAACAAGUUGAUCAAAUUUCGCAGUGCUAGAACUAAUCCUACUCAAUAUUCUCAGUCCUAUGGUUCUUUCGAUGUCGGGGAUCAUAAUGUUUCUUCUUCAGUUUAUUUUGGAGACCAAGAUGGGAUGAAGGAAGCUGACAAGAUUGAUGCUUUGCCAGGACAACCUAGUCUAAAUCCCGGGGAAAAGUUUGAUCACUACGCAGGCUAUGUUACCGUAGAUCCUGUAGCUGGGAGAGCACUGUUCUACUACUUUGUUGAAUCACCUCAAAAUUCUUCAACUAAACCUCUAGUGUUAUGGUUAAAUGGAGGUCCAGGAUGUUCAUCUUUUGGGUAUGGAGCCAUGGAAGAACUGGGACCUUUCAGAGUUAACAGUGAUGGAAAGACAUUAUUCCGGAAUGAUUAUGCUUGGAACAAUGUGGCAAAUGUACUGUUCUUGGAGUCACCGGCAGGAGUUGGGUUUUCUUAUUCAAACAACAAAUCGGACUACGAAAAUGUUGGUGACAAGAGAACGGCGGAAGACUCUUACACAUUUCUUGUUAACUGGCUAGAGAGGUUUCCUGAAUACAAAAGUAGAGAUUUCUUCAUAACUGGAGAGAGCUAUGCUGGUCAUUACGCACCUCAACUUGCUCACACCAUUCUCUCAAUGAACAAAGCCGCACAGCAAACAACGAUCAAUCUCAAAGGCAUUGCGAUCGGGAAUCCUUGGAUUCACGAGAAGGACGGCACAUUAGGAGGUUACUAUUAUUUGUGGACACAUGAUUUGAACUCCGAUGAUACUCAUGCCGGAAUACUCAAAUACUGCGACUUCACGUCAGGAUACUCGAAGGUAUCAGAGACGUGUAGGUUCUAUAUGGACCAAUCAGCCAACGAGACUGGAGGUAUUGAUAUGUACGGCAUCUACUCGCUACGGUGCAACAAAUCUGUACCCAAUGUCUUAGAAACUCCUGUAAGCCUCUGAUUCACCGUUAAUAGUUUCGAUCCGUGCUCCGAAAAUUAUGUGGAGGCCUAUCUAAACCUCGCUGAGGUGAGAACAGCUCUUCAUGUUAAACCAACAAACUGGACAUUUUGCAGUACUAUAGGAUGGACAGACGCCCCAACAAGCAUUCUACCCGAAAUGGAGCAGCUUAUAGCAAGUGGGAUAAGUUUAUGGAUAUACAGUGGAGAUAUGGAUGCCAAUGUGCCGGGCACAGCCACUAGAUUCUCCAUAAACAGGCUGAAGCUACCGAUUGAGACGCCAUGGCGGCCAUGGAACUCUUAUGGACAGGUUGCAGGGUAUGUGACCGGCUACAAGGGAUUAACAUUUGCUACAGUAAGAGGAGCUGGCCAUCUGGUUCCCACCUACCAACCUCGGCGAGCACAUACUUUGAUCUCAUCUUUUCUUCAGAAGACGCUUCCUCCUUCAUUUCCAGAUAAUUAGCAACCUCGGCGAGCACUGCUUGAUCUCAUUUUUUCGUCAAGGG